AUGGACUCCGAUCAUCCCUCCACCUCCAUAUCCACCUUGGAUACACCACCGCAGCCACCACCAGCAAUCGACUCCAGCCAAUACCCACCUGAGCCUCUCACCGAACGCGUCCUCCGUGCACUUGAAAACCGUCUCCUUCUUCUCCACCGCUCUAACAACGACUUCUUCAUCUUAGGCGCCACCGGAAAUGUCUACACAGUCACUCUCUCCGCCACCCCGUCCUGCACAUGCCCUGACAGUACCACCCCAUGCAAACACAUACUCUUCGUCUACAUCCGCCUUCUCUCUGUUUCCCUAGACGACCCUUGUUUAUGGCGCCGCACCCUCCGCCCUUGCCAACUCACCCGCCUCCUCUCUGCUCCCGUCGCUGUAGAUGCGGUUGCUGGUGUAGCCAUCCGACAACGCUACCAAGAACUGUAUCUCCACCGUGCCACAACAAACCCAGAUGGGGAGGGACCCCCGGUGCAGGUGGAAGAGGGUUCAAAUUGUCCGGUGUGUCUGGAGGAGAUGGGCGGAGGGGAUCGGAAACUGGUGGCGUGUGAGACUUGUAAGAAUCCGAUUCAUGAAGAGUGUUUGGUGGCAUGGAAGAAGAGUAGUAGGAGAAGAUUGACGAGUUGUGUGAUAUGUCGUGCAAGAUGGAGAGAUCCAGCUGAACGAGAGAGGUAUAUUAACCUCUCGGCGUAUGUUAGCGCAGAUGAAAACACCAUACAUGGUCAAGAGGAUGUGGAUAAUAGUGGGGUGAAUGUAAAUGAUUAG